AUGAGAGAAGAGGUGUCCUGCACAAACUCCCCUGAAGGAGGACUGGGGGCCAGCGAAGAGGAACUGGAGAGAGGAUCAAAGAAGACCCUCCAAACAGGAAACCGAAAACGUUCCCCGUAUCCAAAGAAGGACAGCCUCGUUCAGGCGGAGGAGAGCAGCACCGGCAGCCCCACUAGCCUGCUGCCAUCUGGGGCGAAGAGGUUGAAGAAAAGCCCUACAACAGUCGUGUCAUUGGCCCCCACGUCGCUGGGCCCAAGGCCAGAGCAGCCCUUCGAGGACCUCCACUCACAGCGCGUCAUAGCCAACGUGCGGGAGCGUCAACGCACUCAGUCCCUGAACGACGCCUUUGCCUCUCUACGCAAGAUCAUCCCCACGCUACCUUCAGACAAGCUGAGCAAGAUCCAGAUCCUGAAGCUGGCCUCGCGCUACAUCGACUUCCUCUACCAGGUGCUGCAAAGCGAUGAGAUGGACGCCAAGCUGGCCAGCUGCAACUACCUGGCCCACGAAAGACUCAGCUAUGCUUUCUCCGUCUGGAGGAUGGAGGGGGCCUGGGCCAUGUCCACCAGCCACUAG